AUGUCUUUCGGUGGUCGCAAGUUCUCUAUUAACCGCCAUACUGGCGCUCCCAAACCCCUCGCUCGUCGCUUUAGCAUGGGCGAGCCGUCGACAAACGAGUUCCAGUCCAAGGUUCAUCGUCAGUUCCGUAAUGCCCACGAGGGUCACAUGCCCCAUGCCGGCCUCGACGCUAGCCGAUCAUCCACCGGUGUCAUCUGGUGCACAGAGCGAGCCUCCGAGUAUGGCUACCUCGAGGAGCCCGAGCUCUGGGCCAACCUCGGUCAAGGUGCCCCUGAGGUCGAGGAUGACAUCCAGGGCUGCUUCCCCCGACCCGAGACCAUUAGCAUCUCCAUGGCCGGCCGAGAGUACGGUCCCACAGCGGGUAUCAAGCCCCUGAGAGAAGCUGUCGCCAAGCUCUACAACCACAUGCACCGUCAGGGCAAGGAGAGUCAGUACACCUGGGAGAACGUCGCCAUCGUUCCCGGUGGCCGUGCUGGUCUCAUCCGAAUUGCCGCUGUCCUCGGAAACUCGUACCUUUCCUUCUUCUUGCCUGACUACACGGCCUACAAUGAGAUGCUGAGUCUCUUCAAGAACUUCGCUUCCAUCCCUGUCCCUCUGUCUGAAGAGGAUGGAUAUCAUAUCCACCCCGAUAAGAUCGCUGAGGAAAUUGCCCGUGGUACCUCGGUCAUCCUGACCUCCAACCCUCGCAACCCUACCGGCCGUGUCGUUGCCAACCCCGAGCUUGCCGAGAUUCAGGACAUUUGCCGUGACCGUGCCACCUUUAUCAGCGACGAGUUCUACUCGGGUUACAACUACACCAGCAACUGUGAUGGUACCACCAUCUCUGCUGCCGAGAACGUUGAGGAUGUCGACGAGGAUGAUGUUCUCAUCAUUGAUGGUCUCACCAAGCGCUUCCGACUUCCCGGAUGGCGAAUUGCCUGGAUCCUGGGCCCCAAGGAGUACAUCAACGCCAUCGGCUCUUGCGGUAGCUACCUCGAUGGUGGUGCCAGCCACCCCUUCCAAGAGGCGGCCAUUCCCAUGCUCGAGCCCGAGGUCGUGCAGAACGAGAUGGUUCACCUGCAGGCUCACUUCCGAGACAAGCGUGACUACGUUGUGCGACGCCUCCGUGAGAUGGGUUUCGUCAUCAAGUACGUGCCCGACUCGACCUUUUACCUCUGGCUUAACCUGGAGGGUCUCCCCGAGUCGAUUGCGGACGGCCUCAACUUCUUCCAGGCGUGUCUGGAGGAGAAGGUGAUUGUGGUUCCUGGUAUCUUCUUCGACCUGAACCCCUCGCGCCGCCGUGACCUGUUUGACAGCCCUUGCCACCACUUUGUGCGUCUGUCGUAUGGUCCUAGAAUGGACGUGCUCAAGAUGGGUAUGGAUGCUAUUGAGCGUGUUGUGCACAAGUAA